CAAUUGUCCAAACAACCCAGCCAUUCCGCCAUCUCUGUUUCUUUUGCUUUGCGCCCGAGGUCGAUCCUCGCACUUUCAUUUCGACUACUAGAUUAUAUCCUUUGAUUUUCUCCUGUCGACAUCUCUCACUCAUCGGGGGCCUUCGAACCUCGAUUCAAACCUGCGAGCCGAAUGACAGGCCCCCCCGACGGUGACGGCACCACUAUCGAACGGUAGCGCCACUCGACACCGUCGCCAACGUCGAUUGAGGCUUGUGAUCACCGUCACACCCACAACAACUGCCCGAUAAGAGCAGCAGCGGCAGCGGCAUCAGCAGCAUUACCAUCAUCAUACAACGCUGCGACGAGUAUGUCGCUGAGCUCGCCCACCAUGAACGGCGUGAUUAUCGGUCUUCUUUCAUCCUUUGGCUCAGCCAUCCUGAUCGCCCUCAUCUUCCUCAUCAUCUACUUCUUCAGAUACACGAACUCGGGUCGCAUCUUCCUCGAUCGCAUUGGACGACCAGGUGAAUAUGACGACGAGCAGGCAUUCGCGAGGGAGGAGGCAGAGGCCCUGGAGAUUAUGGAUGACAUGCAACGGACAGAGUAUUUGAGAGCCAAAGCAUUUGUCCAGGCGAACCCUCCAGAGUCCAUUCAAACCGAGAUUUCCUUAUCGCAAUAUCUAGCCAUCCAGGAGAAAGGCGUGUCUGCCUGGGAAUUCGAGCCGGAACUCGAAAUCGCCAACUGCUUUGUUGAAGGGAGGACCGAGAUUGAGUUCUUCGAUUCCGAAUGCACAGUUCAGAGCAACUUGCCUGUGCCCAAGCAAAACGAGGUGUAUUACUGGGAGGCCAAGAUCUACGACAAACCAGAGAGCACAACGCUCAGCAUCGGCAUGGCCACAAAACCUUAUCCGUUAUUUAGGCUUCCAGGAUUCCACAAAUACUCCGUGGCGUAUACUUCAUCUGGUCAUCGACGCCUCAAUCAACCCUUCAACCCGACACCGUACGGUCCACCACUUGUCCAAGGUGAUGUUAUUGGCGUCGGGUACCGACCCCGGACUGGAACAAUUUUCUUUACGCGCAACGGCAAGAAGCUGGAGGACGUCGCACACGGCUACAAGACUCCGAACUUCUUCCCUUCCAUAGGUGCAAAUGGCCCCUGCAUCGUGCACGUCAACUUUGGACAAGCUGGUUUUGUCUUCAUCGAGGCCAACGUCAAGAAGUGGGGUCUGGCUCCUAUGACCGGCAGUCUGGCACCACCACCUCCUUACGGCAGCGAACAGGGCAGCAUUCUACUCGAAUCUGGUCGACGGAAGGACGAAUAUACCGGAUCGCCAGCUAGGGGCCACAGCUAUUCGCAAUCCGUCCAAACUUUUAGUCGUCCUCAGUUAGAUACAGGUCAUGCGAGGACGAGGAGCGGCAAUUUUAGGAUUUUGCCACCCACAAGUCCAGGGCCUCAGCGAAGCCCGACGGAUAUAUCGUUGGCUCAGCUGGUGCCCAGCGAUGAGGCCGGCGAAGGUAGCAGCAAUGCCGCAGGCACAUCAGAGGACUUUUCCGUAGAUGUCGUUGGUCUUGGUCUCCACGAGGCUGCUCAUCCUCCCCCCGAGUACACCAGCCCAGAGUCGUCGGACGUCGAGGAGUCGAGGAGUAGUACAGAGACCGAUCGGAGACCGCUGAUAAGACAUGCACGGAGUCGGGGCGCUUCAGCUGCUACAGUCUGGCCAUCAAACAACCACAACCCGCCGAUCCCCAGCUAUAGCGAUGCCUUGCGUAUGGGAGCUGGACGGGAUAGGAGCCGCAGCGACAUUACCACGGGUCGACGUCGAAACAAUAACGCGUAGGCGGUGUGGUCGGUUGGAGGUGGGUGUAUGAUGAUUCAGGGUCUGCAGUCUUGCUCGGUCAUGUGGUAGCGAGGAGCAUCCAUCCAUCAUUAUGGUCCAAGGAGUCAUCGGGCAAAGGCGUUCCGGCAAAGGGGCAAAUGGAAACGAAAGUUCCAAUUAUUAACCGUCGUUUUUUGCUCAUCCCUUAUUUUCCUUUUUCCCUCCCCCCCUUUUUUUUCGUCUUUGGUUUUAGAAUCGGAAGUCUAUUGGAACGAAUGGGAAGGGCAAGCACAAGCUCUUCUGAUGAUGAUACCUCGAGAGGGU